GUCUUUGUCCAAAAAUCCCCCAAUUCCAACCUUUUCAAUUCAAUUGCGAAAACCCUAAAAUAAAAAAAUUCCAAUAACGAACCCAAAAUCUGAUCAGUUAGAUUGCUUUUCUCGAGAAAAUUUGAAAAAAUUAGAGGGGAGAUUUCGAGGUUUUAUUCUAUGGUGAUAAGAGAUGCCGCCCAAGCAAGCCUCGAAAGCAGAUUUAGCGAAGAAGCAGAAGAUCAUAGAGGACAAGACCUUCGGUCUUAAGAACAAGAAUAAGAGCAAAAAUGUUCAAAAAUAUGUCCAAAAUCUUAAGCAAUCCGUACAACCGAAACCCGAUCCGAGUAAAACUGCUCAAAAGAAAAAGAAAGAGGAAGAGAAGGCCAAAGAGAAGGAGCUGAAUGACUUGUUUAAGAUUGCUGUUACUCAACCCAAAGUGCCUGUUGGUGUUGAUCCCAAGUCAGUAUUGUGUGAAUUCUAUAAAGCCGGACAGUGUGUCAAAGGUUUUAAAUGCAAGUUCUCACAUGACCUGAAUGUGCAGAGGAAAGGCGAGAAAAUUGACAUUUACAGUGAUAAGCGUGACCAAGAAACAAUGGAGGACUGGGAUCAAGCAACAUUGGAGAAGGUUGUGGAGUCAAAGGGGAAGGAGUAUCAGCAGAACAAGCCUACUGAUAUUGUUUGUAAAUACUUUUUAGAAGCUGUGGAAAAGAAACAAUAUGGUUGGUUUUGGGUUUGCCCAAACGGUGGUAAAGAUUGUCAUUACAGGCAUGCUCUUCCGCCAGGAUAUGUCCUAAAGUCACAGAUGAAGGCUCUGAUAGAGGAAGAGAGUGAAAAAACACCAAUCGAGGAUGAGAUCGAAAAUCAGCGUGCCAAAGUAAAAACUUCAACACCUAUGACUCCUGAGCUAUUUAUGGAAUGGAAGAAGAAGAAGAUUGCAGAAAGAGAUGACGGUUUGGCUGCACAGAGAGCAGAAAGGGCCAAGAAUGACCGCAUGAGUGGUCGUGAACUGUUUAUGUCAGACGCUAGUUUAUUUGUGGAUGAUGCUGAGGCAUAUGAGAAAUACCAAAGAGAGGAAGAAUCUGAUGCUCCAGAAAAUAAGGCCAAUAGUGAUUCAGCAGCUCCUACUGGACCAAGUACCGCCGGUGUUCCAGAUGAUGAUGACGAUGAAUUGGACAUCGAUGAAUUAAAUGAACUAGAAGCAAGCUUAUCGAAAACAUCAAUUCAAAUUCAGGAGCCUUCUGCAGAAACUUAAAUUUGAGACAUGUAGAAUCUUUGGCCCGCACGUGUUUUGAAGUGUCGACUCUAUGAUCCUGCUGCAAAUUACUUGCCGUUACGGUUUCCUCCAUAGCUUAAGACUACUGAGCUUCUUGUUAUGGCAGCCAUGUUCAAGGUUCACCUGUGAGCCUAAUGCUGCUGUGAAUUCAUGUUGUGAAAUUGCUAGUUGUAUCCCAUUUUUGAUGCUGGGUUUAUCUCAAUAAUGAGGAUUAUGAAUAUGGUUAUGGUUCCUUGUUAAUAAUUUAGGCUUGUAGGCAGACAAAGCUGGAUUCUCUUAAUAAAUGUAAUUUUCAUUGAUCUAUUAUAUCAUAUGUUUUGUUGCUUUA